UUCACGACGUAAUCUCUAUCUUCCCCGUCCCGACAAGAACCAAGUUCCGUCCGAAAAACACAUCUCAUUCUUCUCCAAUCGCAAAGUUGCAAUCUUUUACGUUUUCUUUUCUUGUUCUGAAUCGUCUCGGAUCUGUUCGGUGUCUUUGCAAAAGAAUUGACGAUUUUCGGUGACGAUGGAAAGUGAAUUGAUUGAAUUGUUCGAGGCGGCGAAGAAGGCAGCCGAUGCGGCGGCGAUCGACGGUGUUACCUCCUCAGGUCCGGAGGUUUCUCGAUCUCUCGAUGCCCUUAAACAGCUCAAGAAGUUUCCCAUCACAUACGACAUGCUCGUCGCCACUCAGGUAGGAAAGAAGCUGAGGUCUCUCUCAAAACAUCCUAUCGAUGAAAUCAAAACCGUAGCUACUGAUCUUCUUGAGAUUUGGAAGAAGCUUGUCAUUGAAGAAACUUCCAAGUCUAAGGUAGAGAGGAAGGAUGUUGACAAGACUCCAAAUCCCACGCCUGUGAAAGUGCCGAAGCUUCAGAGAGGUGAUUCAGCUAAGAGCAUCAAGGUAGAGAGAAAGGAGCCAGAGAAUGGAGUUAAGGUAGAGAGAAAAGAACGAGACAAUGGAGUUAAGAUUGAGCAUCGUGGUAAGACUGUGAAAGAUGAGAAGGAAUCAAGUAUGAAAGCUCCAGCUAAUACUGCUCCAAAGUUGACUUCAAUGGUUAAAUGCAACGACCCUGUUCGUGACAAAAUCCGUGAGCUGCUUGUGGAUGCAAUGUCCAAAGUUCAUGAAGAAUCUGAUGAUUACGAUAGAGCUAGAGUUGUUGGAUGUGAUCCGAUCCGUGUCGCUGUUGCGGUGGAGUCUCACAUGUUUGAGAAACUAGGACGGUCAACGGGAGCUCAGAAGCUCAAGUACAGAUCUAUAAUGUUCAACCUGAGGGACAGUAACAACCCUGAUCUGAGGAGGAGAGUUUUAACAGGGGAGGUGUCACCGGAGAAACUUAUCACAAUGUCUGGUGAAGAUAUGGCAAGCGACAAGAGGAAACAGGAGACUAAUCAGAUCAAGGAGAAGUUUCUGUUUGAUUGUGAGCGUGGUCAGGCGCCAAAAGCGAGUACUGAUCAGUUCAAGUGUGGGAGGUGUGGUCAGCGUAAAUGCACUUACUAUCAGAUGCAGACAAGGAGUGCUGAUGAGCCGAUGACGACUUAUGUUACGUGUGUUAACUGUGACAACCACUGGAAGUUCUGUUGAGGUGAGAAGAUAUAUAUAUGUGUGUUCUUUUUUUUUUAAAUAUUUCAUGAGACUACGUUUAAGAAGACAUAGAAGCUCUGAUUGAUUUAUCAAGAGCUUCAUGUCCAUUUGCCAGAACAUUCUUAGAAUGUUUCUGGCUCUGAUGUUUGUGUAAGGAUACCAGUUCAGUGUCUUAGAGAUUCGUAAGUAGGGGGAGUUCAUUAAUUUAGUUGUCUGUAGCUCUUGUUUCUUUUGCUUCUUUUUAUUCCACACAUGUCAGACUUGUCAACGUUUUUGCAAUUUUUAUCAAAGUUUUGAAGUUUAUUAUUGCAAAA